AUGGUAUCCAUGGGCCCUGAAAUCACAUCUCCUGGUAAAGAAAAAAUUUUUUUUCUUUUUCCAGAAAUUAUUUUCCUCUUGACUAAAGUUUCUCCCUUAGGGAAGAAAUUACUAUUUAAUUUUGCCUCCUACCCUUUCUUGUUACCUUCCAAAAUCAAAACACUUUGAAAAAACGAAGAUAGCUUUCUGAACAGUCUAUGUCCUGCCUGUCUUCUGUUGAUUCACAGACUUAACAUCAGGUAUUCAUCAGCUAGUCCCAAUUUCCCGAACACAUUCAUCGUAUCUAUUAUUGUCACCAUUAUCUCCCUGCUUCAAAAUGUGCAGGGUCUACUUGGUAAUAACCUUGGGAAAGCUCCGGCUUAUGAGUGACGUGGGCUUUUAGAGGGUCAGAUCAAUAAAUUGGAUUUUUCAUUUUUUAGGGCAGCUACAUUCAGUGUUUUUAAUAAAGAAUCUUAAAUAAGAAUGUUGACAGCACUCACAGUAAGCCAUUGGCAGAAAACUGAUCUGCAUGUCAUAGACCAGUGUUUAGAAACUAUUGUCUGGCUUGGGGAGCCCAGCUGGUUAUCAGUUCUUCCUUUAGCACUCAUGAGAGAGAUGCCAAGUUCAGGGUGAACAUUUCUUGGUGCUUGAGGGAGAAAUGGAGUCUGUGUGUUUUCCGGGGGUGUCCCAAAAGGCAGGGACCAUUUUCAUUUAUUACGAACAUAGAUAACUUCCACCAUUCAAGAUGCUUAUGUACAGGGAUACUUGAGGAAUUUACGUGUUGUGGAGAGAGGCCUGAAGGUGCCAUGACCACCGCUUUCUCCCCUUUGUACCAUCUACUGUCUCUGAAGGGUACUUCCCAUGGUCUUUACACUUCCAGGUUUGAGAGCAGCUCAUUUUUCCCUUGAGUCUACUCAGUCUCUCUGAAAUUGUGCAUUGUUCUAUGUAUGGCAGCAUGUUGGCAAUUUUAAUCUUCAACUUCCUCUUUUUUGCAGAGAAUGACAUCCAUUAGAAUUGAUCUAAGAACACUGACUAAUAGGAUUUAUGCUUAAAAUCCAAGGUAUCGCUGCAUAUUGAAGGCUGGGAUUUCAAGAGUCCUUGAACUCUGAGCUGAAACUUUUACAAAUAGGGAGUUUGGCAGGGAAGAUGCUUGGUUUUUAAUUCAGAAUCCUAUUUAUAUACUGUUAAAAUUUGAGGUACUGUAGUUUAUAUAAAAGUUGGAUAUUUAGAUAUUAUAUUUCAGUUCUAGGAGCUUCGCAGCCAUUAACAUGACAAAUUAAGUAAUAUGAAAAUGAUUGUCAGUAAAUUAUCA